AUGGAGGCUUCUCCCAUUAUUCUUCUGUAUUACACAUUUGAGAAUGAUGGCAGAGAUGCCAACGGCCGCUUCCGAGAGAUAACCGCCAACCUGGCCACCGUGCGGUGCACGAUCAUCGCUGGACAGGUCGCCAAUUUGCGGCACCAGCUGCUCGAGACUGACCACGACCUCCAAGACGUCCCCGGGUACAGGAGGAUCCUGGCAGAGCUAGGGGUCAUUGAGCCCCCUCAAGGAGCUGACCUCACCCUGAUGGUGGACGACGACCUAAAAAUAGCGGAUAAGAUCCCCUUUGUAGGCUCGCUAACGCUAGUGUCAAAACACCUGUUAACCAUACAGGGGAUCCGCGAACAACUCUUGAAGCAUGGGCGGGUUCCCCUUGAGGUUAAGCCCUUAUGGCCAUCCUUUGAGGCGAACGUUUUCGCCAUCGUCACCUAUAUGAUCAUGUGCUUAGCCAUCGCGUAUAAGCUCAUGAGAUCCCGGGUUAAUGCCGAGGUCCAGCAGGAGGCCUUUGCCGAGGUGCAACAGGAGGCCUCUACCGAGAUGCAGCACGAAGCCUCUGCCGAGGUGCAGCACGAGGCCUCUGCCGAGGUGCAGCACGAGACCUCUGCCGAGGUGCAGCACGAAGCCUCUGCCGAGGUGCAACAGGAGGCCUCUGCCGAGGUGCAACAGGAGACCUCUGCCGAGGUGCAGCACGAAGCCUCUGCCGAGGUGCAGCACGAGGCCUCUGCCGAGGUGCAGCACGAGGCCUGUACCGAGGUGCAGCACGAGGCCUCUGCCGAGGUGCAACAGGAGGCCUCUGCCGAGGUGCAACAGGAGGUCCCUGCCGAGGUGCAACAGGAGCACGAGGCCUCUGCCGAGGUGCAGCAGGAGGCCUCUGCCGAGGUGCAACAGGAGGUCCCUGCCCAGGUGCAACAGCAGGCCUCUGCCGAGGUGCAACAGGAGGCCUCUGCCGAGGUGCAGCAGGAGGCCUCUGCCGAGGUGCAGCACGAGACCUCUGCCGAGGUGCAACAGGAGGUCCCUGCCCAGGUGCAACAGCAGGCCUCUGCCGAGGUGCAGCACGAGGCCUCUGCCGAGGUGCAGCACGAGGCCUCUGCCGAGGUGCAGCACGAGGCCUCUUCCGAGGUGCAACAGGAGGUCCCUGCCCAGGUGCAACAGCAGGCCUCUGCCGAGGUGCAACAGGAGGUCCCUGCCGAGGUGCAACAGGAGGCCUCUACCGAGGUGCAGCAGGAGGCCUCUGCCGACGUGCAGCACGAGGCCUCUGCCGAGGUGCAACAGGAGACCUCUACCGAGGUGCAGCAGGAGGCCUCUGCCGAGGUGCAACAGGAGGCCUCUGCCGAGGUGCAACAGGAGACCUCUGCCGAGGUGCAACAGGAGGCCUCUACCGAGGUGCAGCAAGAGGCCUCUGCCGAGGUGCAACAGGAGGCCUCUGCCGACGUGCAGCACGAGGCCUCUGCCGAGGUGCAACAGGAGACCUCUACCGAGGUGCAGCAGGAGGCCUCUGCCGAGGUGCAGCACGAAGCCUCUGCCGAGGUGCAACAGGAGGCCUCUGCCGAGGUGCAGCACGAAGCCUCUGCCGAGGUGCAGCAGGAGGCCUCUGCCGAGGUGCAGCAGGAGGCCUCUGCCGAGCAGGAGGCCUCUGCCGAGGUGCAACAGGAGGUCCCUGCCGAGGUGCAGCAGGAGGCCUCUGCCGAGGUGCAACAGGAGGUCCCUGCCGAGGUGCAACAGGAGGUCCCUGCUGAGGUGCAGCAGGAGGUCCCUGCUGAGGUGCAGCAGGAGGCCUCUGCCGAGGUGCAACAGGAGGUCCCUGCCGAGGUGCAACAGGAGGUCCCUGCUGAGGUGCAGCAGGAGGCCUCUGCCGAGGUGCAACAGGAGGUCCCUGCCGAGGUGCAACAGGAGGUCCCUGCUGAGGUGCAGCAGGAGGCCUCUGCCGAGGUGCAACAGGAAGUCCCUGCCGAGGUGCAACAGGAGGUCCCUGCUGACGUGAAGCAGGGAGGUCUCUGACGACCAGGAGGAGGCUCCUGGCGUCGUAGGGUAGACCUGGACGACCUCCCCGUGAGUGGGUGGAGGUCGUCCUACAGUCUUCACUUCUUCUCACUCCUUUUUCUUUCGUCUUUCUCCCACCACUCAUU